ACUGUCCUCAACUAUAAUCCAUUAUUGUCUUUAAUAAAGACAACAACAUUUGUGCACAUAGUCAACAGCAUUUAAAUCUCCUCCUCACCACAUUCAUUUCACACCAGCAAAGCCAUGACAUCAUUCGCAAGUAUGGAUUUCUAUCUAUACUGAUAUAUACUUUGUGCUUCUUGUUGAUCGAAAAUAGUUUUUUUUAGUUGUUGUUUAGGAUGAAGAAACUAGAAGUGGUGUUUAUCCCUUCUCCAGGUGUGGGACAUUUAGUAUCCACCCUUGAGUUUGCUAAGCUUCUCAUCAACCGUGAUAACCGUCUCCGUGUAACCGUCUUGGUCAUCAAGUUUCCAAACAGUCCUGCAGAAACCCUUUCCUCCUCUGACUCAGAAAAUCUCCAUGUCAUUAACCUCCCUGAAACCACUCAUGUUCCCUCCACCUCCAACGUAGGUAGCUCUGUAGCUGCUCUUGUUGAAACCCAAAAGGCCAAUGUUAAAGAAGCUGUUUCAAAUAUCACUGGAAAGCUCGCUGCCUUCGUUGUUGACAUGUUCUGCACCACCAUGAUUGAUGUAGCUAAUGACUUUGGUGUCCCUUCCCUCGUCUACUUCACUUCCGGUGUUGCUUUCCUUGGUUUGAUGCUUCAUUUUCACACACUUUUUGAAGACAACAUCGAAGCCACUCGAUUGCUGUUUCAACAGGAUGAAUUGGACAUCCCUUGUUUCGCUAACCCGGUUCCUACAAACACGCUUCCCACUGUAGUGUUGCGCAAGGAGUGGGAAUCAUCUUUCAUUAACUAUGUCAGAGGACUCAAGAAAGCAAGUGGGGUCAUAGUAAAUUCGUUUCAGGAGCUAGAAUCUCAUGCAGUUCACUCAUUCUUAGAAGAUCCGGGUCUACGUAGUUUUCCCAUUUAUCCAGUGGGACCAGUAUUAAACCUUGAGACCAAACCCGAGCCUAAUGGUAUUGUUGAUUCUGAUGACAUUGUUAAUUGGCUCGAUGACCAACCUCUUUCGUCCGUAGUUUAUCUUUGCUUUGGGAGCAAGGGUUCUUUCGAUGAGGAUCAAAUUAGGGAGAUUGCGUAUGCUAUUGAGAAAAGUGAGGCUCGCUUCCUGUGGUCUCUGCGAAAACCCCCACCGAAGGGAACCAUGGGUGAGACAUCUGAUUACUCUCUUUCUGAUUUGGUCGCAGUUUUACCUGAAGGGUUCUUAGAUCGAACAGCUAGGACUGGAAGGGUCAUUGGAUGGGCUCCUCAGGUCCAAGUACUCGCUCAUCCAGCAACAGGAGGCUUUGUUUCACAUUGUGGUUGGAAUUCGACUCUCGAGAGCAUAUAUUAUGGUGUGCCUAUUGCCACAUGGCCACUCUUUGCUGAUCAACAAACCAAUGCUUUUCAACUUGUGUCUGAGCUGAAGAUGGGUGUGGAGAUUGCAGUGGAUUAUAGGAUGGAGUACGAUGUUGGGCGUGAUUAUCUUUUAGCUUCAGACAAGAUCGAGAAAGGAAUAAGGAGUGUGUUGGAAACAGAUGGAGAGGUAAGGAAGAAAGUGAAAGAGAUGAGUGAACAUUGUAGGAAGACAUUGUUAGAGGGUGGAUCUUCCUACACUUGCUUAGGUAGUUUGAUUGAUUAUAUUAUGAAUCAUGUAUGAAAUUAUGUUACUGACCACAUACAAAAUGGUUGGAGGGUAUUAGUCAAAUUACUACAUAAAUCAACUCAACUUGAUUUCACUUCGUUGAAAUGAGGAAAUGCGUUUUAGAAAGUUUUGUCCAAAAGUUUACAAUUGUGUUUUGACAGGUAACUGAUAUAGUUCUGCACUUUAACUGAAAUACACUAUUCAGUUUAGUAAA